GUCUGGGUUUAGAAGCUCGAGAUGGUCCGUGCCCCACGCUACUAGGGCUUGGCGGGCCCCACGACGCGACCCACUAUCUCAGCUCGCGUCCUCCCGCUUUACCUUCCACUCCCCACGAUACGACAACCGAUCAAGACAAGCGAAUCAACCACAACCAUCAGGAAGAGUGAAACAGCAGGAAGUUUGAGCGUCACAAAGAUAACUUGCGAUUGCGAUGCCUCCUUCUACUUCAAGCGGUGGUGUCGAGAUGUCGCCAGACAAGCGCCAGUACAAGAGCACGAGGAAGAAGGUGGCCGAGAUGGAGUUUAUCCCGCACGAUCUCGAUGUCGACGCUACGAUCGAACAGGUGGACAACUUCCAUCCAGUCCACAUCCUCGAUAUACGAGACUUUUCUGGGCCGGAAGGUACUCGCAAGCUGAAGGAGUACGCGGAAGCCUGGGUGAAGGUCGAAGGAAAGCCGCUCGUUCUACGGAACUACCACUUGCAUGACACAUACCCCCACCACAUCUUCAGUCCAGAAUGGUUGAUUGCCAAUCACAGUCGACAACUCAUCGUUUCUCGCAAUCUCGUCAACGGAGUCGAAACCCAGAUGUCGAUGGGCCACUACCUCAAGAACAUGUCGAAACUCACGAAUACGGUUAUCGAUGCGGACGGCGCCCAGGUUCCUCAACGUCUGUACGCGAAAGAUAUCGAUUGUCCUCCAAUAUGGAAAGAUAAACUCAAGGAGUUGUUACCGCGAUUCACGUUCUAUCUCGAAAAGUCCGCAGACCUCAUGGUGAUGUUGCCUCCAGCCAAGCGUGCACAGAACAUGUUGUGUUAUUUCGGCCACGAAGGAACCUACACCCCAGCCCACAAAGAGAUGUGUGGCACAGUCGGACACAACCUCAUGGUUUAUAGUUCGACAGGCGAGAAUCCCGGAUCAUCAAUCUGGUGGAUGACAAAGACCGAGGACCGCAAGAAGGUUGCCGACUUCUGGCUAGAGUUAGGACACGAUAUCGAAACGGAAAAGCACUUUACCAGCUUGGCGGACUGGAUGGAUGCUCCUUUCCCCGUGUACAUACACGAGCAAGUCGAGGGUGACUAUAUUCUGGUCCCCUCAAUGGCACCACACCAAGUUUGGAACCGUGGAGUGUGCACUCUGAAGGCCGCAUGGAACCGAGUGACGGUGGAGACCCUCGAGUAUGCGCUUUCCGAGUCGCUGGCCAAGUCUCGCAUGGUCUGCCGAGACGAGCAGUACAAGUGCAAGGCCAUUGUUCACGAGACUUUGCGCGAGUACGCUCGUGUUCUCAAUGGUGGGUCAUCAGACAUUGCCAUAAGCCAGUCGCGGAUGGAGAGUGACUUCGUCCGGCUCUUCCGACUGUUUGAUCAGAUGAUGCUAUCUGAGUGCUUCGCGGCCACCAAUCCUCCGACCGUGGAACUGCUCGAGAUGGAGGACGCCAGCGUGACUUGCUCAUUCUGUCGUUCCGACAUCUGGAACCGUUUCCUCACGUGUAGGAGUUGUGCCAUCGUGGACGAGCAGGAGACAGAUUGUUACGACGUCUGUCUAGACUGCUACGCACGGGGGCGCAGCUGCUACUGUGUGUCUGGCUUGAACUGGGUGGAGCAGUUUAGGUGGUCGGGGCUGGUGGCCGAGCACGAAGAAUUCCGUCGAAUUGUCGUCGAAAUUCAGAAUGCGGCGAAUCCUCACGGCCUUCGCCCGCUCGCACUGCACCGAGCGUUAAAGCACUUGGGAAGGAAGACUCUGGCCUGGGUGUGCCAGGAGCAGCUGGAGGUUCGGCCAUAUGCCGAUCCAGCGCAAAAUGGUCUCGAAGACGAGGAGGGUACCGACGGGGACCUUGCGCUCGAGAAGAAACGGGCUGGGGUGACUCUCAACUGCCACGCGUGCAAGGUUCAGCACGAUUCGUGGAGGGUGGCUAAGUGCUCUCGAUGCGCGAAGGCGUACUGUUACGGGAAUCUCUGGCGGGGUUACGACAUGGACCCGUUCGAAGACGUGCUGGCAGUACCGCAGUGGAUCUGCCCAGUUUGUCUGGGUAUUUGCAACUGCGGGGCUUGCAGGAGGAAGGGGGAUAUGAAGCCAUACCAGCAGCUACGAGGCCCUCGUCUCCUUCGAGAAGGGGAACGUUGUCUGGAGAGAGGGCAAUGCGAAGCGCAAGGGAGCUGCGGAGGCUGAGAAGACUCCGGUCGAUCCCGCGCUGGGUAACUCCUUUCCGGCUGUUAAUACACCAGCAAGGUCACUAGACAACAGCAAGAAACGGCGGGGAAGUGGCAAGGAAGGCCGAUCAAAAUGAUGAUGCAGAGCG